AUGGCUUUACAUUAUCCAUGUUGUGCUGAUACUAUUGUAAGAAUUAAAUAUGUUCGAAAAACUGAAAAGAAUGAUACUAAUUUGUUGGUUGUAUGGGCUAUUGGUGUUUAUCCAAUAGAACGUGAAGAUAGUGAGAUUGAAAUGGUUUUAUUUGUUCCUAUUGAUUUGAGGGAAAGGGUUCCUGAAACUCAAGCAGUUUUUGAGAAGGAUAGUUUCUAUCCUGUUGGUGGAAAAUUGUACCUGGAUAUUAUGGAGAUGAUGGUUUCUGUUUCUACUGGUUUAUCUGUUUUUAACAAAGCACUAAAUUCAAAUAAAUGUUCAUUAAAAGUUUCUUUGUAA